AUGGGCGAGCAUCCAGAAACAUACAACUCCAUCAUCUUCAGCUCGACAUCAGUGAACGACUACAGCGUCUUGAAUACGAAUGCAUACAUUUCAAAGAACAAGACCGAAGGCGCACUCGACAGUGCCGACUGGAAGAGCAUGUACUUAAAUUUUCUUGGCGAUAACGUCGAGAAAAUGGACGCAACACGAUGCAUCGACGCCCACCGAGUCGCUUUCCUGUCCUCACGAGGAAACUUACUCCUUGUAUCUGAUGAUAAGAAGGAAGAAAAUCGUACGGCUGAGGUCUUCGAUAUUUCGGGAUACCCAUAUCUUUGGAUGUGCGGCCAAUCAGGUGAAAGAAUCGCCGGCAUACUCGCUGGUAACUCGACAUGCGAGGACUAUCUGGUCGAAUUGCGAACUACGUCGGGAGGCUGGAAGCCUCUGGGAUCAAGCGUCAAGGAAUCGUUUAACGUUGCCAAAGGCGUCUUGAUGCUCUUCGUCGCCUUCGGAAUGGGCGAAGAAGAUCCUCUGAUGACCAUUGGAGAUGCAGUGACCUCUUUCCUUGAAGAUCAGGAUGAGUCGACUGCGGAUAUGUGCCUCAAGUCCAAGGACCACUUUGUUGCCCAACAUUGGUCCAAAGGUCCAAUACAAUAUGAUCUCAAACCGCAACGGAAGUCUGUCGCCAUUGGCACAGCGGCUUGGUUUCUUUGCUUCUUGUUGUACUUUGGACUCAUCAUCGCCUGUGCAAGUUUGCUGGUUGGAGGCCUGAAUCACAUGUUAGGUGGCGGCGAUAUCACAAAGCUUGGUCUCGGCGCCAUGCAGGCCAAGACCAUCCUGAACACGGAUGACAUGAGUCAAGGAUCUAUACUUGCUAAUCUUCUGCUUGUCAACACGCCUCAAAUUAUUCUGUCACUCAUUUACUCCACUUACAAUGCCCAGUACACCAGUAUAUCCUUGAUUACUGAAUGGGACAGAUUUGGCAACGAGAAGGAGGCAAAGAGUCUUCGCGUCUCGUCUACACGCAGAGGAGCUCAGCGAGAUACCUACUUCCUUCAACUGCCAGCUUCUUCCUCGUCAACCUGGAGGUAUAUGUCCCUCCAGCUGAUGGCAGGCCUAUGGUACGACUAG